CACCGCAACACCACACCCAGCCCCCACAUCUUUCAUACCUCCACACCCCACACUCUCCCAAAGCUAUGGCGUCACCGCAGCCAACAGAAGAAGAUUACAACCUCCCAAGCGAAGAACGGCGAGCUCUUCUUCAGCGCUUCCAAGAGGCGCUCGGUGAUGUACCCCCCCAUUUCUGGGCCGCCUGUCAGUUGUGCGAUAUGAAGUCGCUAGAAGCCUUGGUCAAAAGCGCUGAGUGUUGCCCGGAUCUUCUUGGCCUUGUUAUCGGACAAACUGGGAAGGAAAUGAUCGCAUACUGGAACCAAUCCGCCCUGGCGUCGUCGCGUACCACGACACCUCAAACAUCACCAAGGUUUGGAGCAUCUGGAUUAUCAUCUACAGGAUCGGUAUCGUCUCUCGGAGGGCCAUAUGGUAAUUCUCCACCUCCUGCAAAGAGACGCAAGACCAGCAUAGAUCGGUCUGAACUAGAGCGAGAGAAAGUGAGCCUUGAAUUCCUUAUCUCCCUACUCACUCGAGCUUCUACCUGGCUUGUAUUUCUUCGUCUAGCUUAGAAUGUGCCACUCUCCCGAAUUGUCGUUGUUAAUGUUAUUGUCGUUGUCAAUUCUCUUCUCGUUCUCAAUUCUUUUCUCGUUGUCAAUUCUCUUCUCGUUCUCAAUUCUUUUCUCGUUGUCCAUUCUUUUCUCGUUGUCCAUUCUCUUCUCGUUAAUGAUUUUGUCAUUGUCGUUACUAUUUGUCAAGUAUUCUUUCGAGGUUAUAUUCUGAACACGCGCCGGCCUCUUUUGCAUCGUAGUUGAACAGUGCGGCUCUGGUUGAAUAUGUCCUCUCGUAGGGUCCCGAAUGGGAUAUUGGAGUCUCCGGCGCGGCGCUUGGCCUUCAAAAGGUCCCUAGUAGGAGCAGCUUGUGUA